AUGUCCCAUGACCAGCAGGUCGCCCUCGCCCGCCCCGACCCCAUCCGCAGCGAGUCCUCCCAUCUCAGCAGGGCCGCGCGGCAGGUCGUGCCUCCGUUUCUGCAGAAACUCUACGAGAUAGUCAAUGACCCUAGGAACGACGAGCUGAUUCGCUGGUCGGAGAAUGGCGACUCUUUCUACGUUCUCAACCACGAGCGCUUUGCACGCGAGGUGCUCGGUCGUUGGUUCAAGCACCAGAAGUUUACGUCCUUUGUCCGGCAGCUCAACAUGUACGGCUUCCACAAGAUCCCCCACCUCCAGCAGGGCGUCCUCAAGAGUGACACCGACACCGAACCAUGGAACUUUGAGCACCCACAUUUCCAUCGCGGACAGCCCGACUUGCUCUGCCUCAUCCAGCGCAAGAAGCAGCCGACGAACACCAGCGCGGAGGACGGCGAUGCCACAGAGGCCGCCAGUACAUCUGCAUCUCACGCCGCCUCGCCUGGGCAAGUCCUGGACAUCAAUAACAUAGUCAACGGGAUUGCCGUCAUCAAGCGUCAUCAACAGGCUAUCUCGGCAGAACUCAACGCGUUGAAGAAGUCCAACGAGAUGCUGUGGGAGGAGGCGACGCUUGCGAGGCAGAGGCACGACAAGCAUCAGGAUACGAUUAAUCGCAUUCUGAAGUUCUUGGCCGGAGUGUUCGGCCACUCGACGGAUUCGCUGAACCACAAAAACGACACCGGUCAUUCUCCUAGCGUCGCUUCUCUCGCGCGACAGAGACUCCUGAUCGGUGAUGGCAGGGGUGGCAAAGGAGCGAAGGCUGUUGAGGUUAUCGAUGUCGCUGACGACGACGAGGAUAUGUAUGUGCACCCGCAGGAGGGCGCAACACUGCCGCUUGCUGGUAAGUUCCCAUACGACCUCCUACAUCAACUCGUGUACGAAAUCCAACGCCAUGCAGGCCAGGUGUCUUCUGUCGAGUCUCCGUUGAUGUCUCCAACUCCUUCCACCGCCCCCUCAGAAACAUUCUCCCCUAACAUCAUGGAAACGACACCGUCAGGAUUCGCCAACCGACCGACUCAGCCUACAGAGGUAUUGUCGAGGACAAACACCAGCAGCACUUCCAAUCACGGUUCCGCGACAGACGUCCCAGCACGGUCCACUCCCACACCCCGUGGCGUCCCUCCCGAAUCCACUUUGUCGCCAUCGACGUUGGCCGCGUUCGCGCCGAAUACCGCGGGGUCCGUUCAUCCGGAAACCGCCUGGCAGACAGCGAUCCAACAGGUCCUCAACAAUCCCCAGCAGAUGCAGCGCUUGAUGCAAGCCCUUGCUACGCAGCAGGGUUACCCUGUGGGGCCGCCUGACGCCAACUUCGCCCCUCCGCAGCAGUCCUCCGCUCAGUUGACACCCUACACUCCUGCUCCGUACGAUUACAACCGCUACCGCACAGAGCUACCCGUCGCGACCCCAAUCCCUCCCUCGACGCUGCCGCUGCUCAGCCAAUCCAUCCCCGCUCACGACGACGGCCCCUCGCUGGAGCCGUUGUUGGACGACGCUACGCGUCUGCAGAAGUCGUACGGGGAUGCCAUGGAUAUCGAGGCGGACAUGGACGUUUUGCAGACGAGCCUGAAUUCGCUGAUCCAGGAUUUGGGCAUGGACCCGCAGUCCCUGCUCGCCCAGAACCAAGAGCGGGAGCUGCAGGUUCGCCAGGGCGGUGUUCCAUACAUGAACGGCGUAGGCGCUAUUCAUCCGAACGCAAAUGGCGUACAGCAGAACGGCAUUCGAGCGAACGGUAUACCGCACGACCCCCCUCUCCUCAACGACUACGACCAUCAUCAUCACGAUUCAUCGUCGGACCUCUUCCUCGAGUCGCUGCUGAACGGGAUGGGUCCAACCGGCGACUCAAGUGUUGACUAUUCGGAUGUCACGGACCGCUUCGACCCUGCGACCCAGAUCGACGGUACCACCGUCGGUGACGCAUCGACGGAACAACUCGCGGCGUUCCUGGACGAAGUUUCGGACACGGCUUCUCCUAUGCCUCAUUCCCCUGACGUUGCGCCUGUCCCGCAGAAGCGCAAGUCGGAUAUGGCGGGUUUGUCAUUACCUGCCUCGAACACGGUCGAUCUCACACCAGCGGGCCCGAAGACGAAGCGUAAGCGAUAA